AGAAAUAUCCGCGCUGACAGACAGUGCAGUAAGUGAAACAAGUUUCCAUUCCUGAUGAUUACAAAACAUUCCUGAGCUACUGCUACUGGAACUAACGUUAGCAACCUCAUGUAAGCUUCUGAACAUCCUGAACCUUUAGGUAAGCACCGCCUCACCGGCGGUAAAUGUCAUUCAAUAGUCUGUGUUCAUCAGGUGACGCAGAAAAUGGCCUCGUAUUUUGAUGAGCAUGACUGUGAGCCCACGAACCCAGAAGAACAGUACCGACAGAACGCCCUACUGGAGCUGGCGAGGUCUCUAAUGCAGGGUCUUGACAUAGACUCAGGUUCAUUUGAUUUGUCAGAUUGGGACCAGCGUCUCCCCCCUCCUGCAGCAAAAGCUGUGGUUCAAAGUCUCCCUGUGGUCAUAAUAUCCCCUGAACAAGCAGAUAAAGGACUGAAGUGUCCGGUGUGUUUAUUGGAGUUUGAGGAGGAAGAGACUGUGAGAGAGAUGCCCUGUAAACAUCUAUUCCACACAGGAUGCAUCCUGCCUUGGCUCAGUAAGACCAAUUCAUGUCCCUUGUGUCGACUUGAACUACCCACUGACAAUCCAGACUAUGAAGAAUUCAAAAAAGAUAAGGAACGGAGAAGACAAAGAGAACACAGAUUAGAGGAUCUACAUGGAGCCAUGUACACAUGACCUCAACAUCUCAAAAACUUGAUACAACUACAAAUAUAUGAGUUCGACUUUCAGUUUGUUGGAAGCAAGUUUACUGCGCAGGGACCAGGCUUUGAAAUGAUUUUGUUUGCUUGUUCUUAUAUUUUAUUGUUAUCCCUUUUAAGGUUGCUUUUGAAUGGCUAUGCACUGAAAACUGUUUGAAACUCUAAUGUAGCCUUAUAAACACAUUUAUGAUUUUAUUAAAUAUUUUAAAGCAGUUUUUUUAUUAUAAUUUGAAUUCGUUUGCUUCAUGAUCUCAUAUUCACUAAUUUCGCUUCCUGAAGAGAUUUCUUUCUGAAUAAAAAUCUAGCUGAAUACAUUUUUAUUGUGCUGAUAAAAAGCAAUGAAUGCCAUGGUUAAUGACAAAGGUAACUGUAGCUACAACUUGAUCAGUGGACUUUAUAUUGUCCUCUUUCCAAUCAGUAAAUUAAAAACCCACUUUAUGUAAUACGGUAGAACUCUACCUCAUGGAAAAUGUGUGAAUUUUAGCUGUGUUUAUGUACAAUUAUGGUAAUGACUCAACCUUGCUGAGACAGACUUGUAAUGGCUGUUGUAAAAUACUAAUGUUGCAGCAGAAAAAAAUCAUAUAAAGUCAAAAAGGUCUUUUCCUUAUUUUUUAAAUAAAAAGUGAGCUACUUUAAA